CAAAUGUUGGUUAAGACAUUAUAGAUUCUUAAGAUUAGAUUCAAAAAUUCUGAAAUAACAAUUAAACAAUAUUCAAAGACUUGAAAUAAUAAGUAAUUGGAACAAAAAUUACAAUAAAAACGAAAGACCAUUGCAAUAAGUUAAUAAGGUAAAUGGAAUAAUCCUAAAUAAAAAUUUGUAGAUGAGUAAUUAAUACAUGAUUAGUUUGAUGUUGAUAAUUAGAUGAUAAGAGAUAGAGAAGAAGACAUUUAAAAAAUAGUAUUCUUAUUUCAAUUAAAAAAGAUCGAGAAGCUUAAAUACUAAAUAAAUUAGUUGAAGAACUUGCAUUAGAAGCAAAUAAAGCAGAUGAAAUUAUUAGUAUAAUUGAUAUCAGUUAAUAGACUUCUAAAGAAAAUUUAGUUAAAGCCAAUUUAGAAUUAGAUUAAGCCUAAGAUUCAUAGAAGUCAACAAAUAAGAAAUGGCUAAUUUUAGCAAUUUUUGGCAAUUAUUCUUGUAGGAGUAUUAGUAACAAUUUUAGUUGUAAAAUCAAAUUGA